AUGGUGACGAAGCAGGUCCAAUACAAGGAGGACCCUGCAGAUAAAAACAAGCAGCCCACCUUGAACAAAUCUAAUAGUGAAUCCCAAAGCUUAGCAAUACAAAAAGCCCGAGAAAAAAGUGUUAUACUCUCAAAAGCAAGAGAAAUCUUCUCACAGCAGUUCCCAACUGCAUAUCCCAUGGAAUAUGAGCUCUGGGGGAAAGAUUUGAUGCAUAAUACGUGGAGAAGAUGUACAGUAGUCCAUGCAAGGCCAGUGGACCCAAACAAAGAAAUCCCGCUCUUGAAACCAAAUGAGUACGACUACUAUAUACACUGGUUGGGUCUAGAUCGCAGACUAGACUGCUGGCUGACGAUAGAAAACAUAAGAACCAUGGAACAGGGACCUCCGAAAGGAGCACAAGUAAUCCAUGAUAUUGAACCUGAAUUCCACCACGACCAUACAGGAAUUGACGAUGAAUACCUGAGGGAACAUGAAAUUAAUACUAAGCUAAAAACUAUUAGAAGAAUUAAACUAGGUCCUUUCCUUGUCGACACUUGGUACUUUUCUCCAUACCCCCCUCCAUAUCAAAAUAUCGACACACUCUACAUCUGCGAAUUCUGUCUCUCGUUCUUUAGAUACGAGGAGGAGCUAAACUUCCAUAUCGUUCAUUGUGAAUUAAGACAUCCCCCAGGAAAUGAAAUCUACAGGGAUGAAAAUCUCGCAAUGUUUGAAGUCGACGGGGCUAUGAGCACAGUAUAUUGUGAAAAUUUGUGUUUUCUGUCAAAGUUAUUCCUGGACCAUAAGAGCCUAAGGCACACAGUCUUUUUGUUUAUUUUCUACGUCAUGACAGAGUUUGAUGAAAACGGAUACCAUAUCACGGGCUAUUUUUCAAAGGAGAAACACUCCAAAAAUAACGUUUCCUGUAUACUAUCGCUACCACAGGUACUUGAUUAUGGACUAAUAACCCUUCAGCACCAGAGAAAGGGAUAUGGAAAGUAUCUAACUGCAUUCAGCUACCUCCUUUCAAAAAAGGAAGGGAAAACUGGAACACCCGAAAGACCCUUAUCAGACCUCGGAAAGGCUUCUUACAUGUCAUAUUGGUCUGAAGUUUUGUUGGAAAUACUAUUUGACCCUAAACAUGAAAAUUUGACAAUACAGGAAUUAUCUCAAAUGACUGCUUUUGAGCCGAAUGAUAUCAUUUCUUGCCUGGAAGAGCUUGGAAUUCUACACACACUCUCGAAUGGAAACUCAGUUAUAACUAUACUCCCAGAAAAGAAGAGAGAGUUGCUCUCGAAAUCGAGAACCAAAACUAGGAAAUUAUACAUGGAAAAACUCCAUUGGAUACCAUACGACGCACAUAACGAACUAACACCUGUGUAA